CAAAAACUCAAAAUGAACCUCCUACUUCUCCACUCAUCCCUCCUCCUCACCACCACCACAACAACAGCCACAACCCUCAUCCCCGACCCAGGAAACCGCAUCACCAUCCCAACCUGGCACAUCCAACCCACCAACACCAACACCACCCCAAACACACUCAACCUAAACCUCACCACCCCAGAUUCCCACUCCACAAUCCUCGCCACCCUCCUCCACUCCCGAAACCAACCGAACCCCAUCAUCCCCCUUACAACGAAUCCGCCCUCUUCCACAGCACCGCCCUCUCCACCAUCCCCACAACCCCCUUCCAAUCCCCCUGACUCUACACCACCACCCUCACCCUGCCCCAUUCCCAUUCCUACACAAACACAAAUACAACCAUCAUCCUCUCAACCCACGGCAUCUCCUCCCGCGGGGACAUCUUCGUCAACAAUGCCCACAUAG